AUGGCUUCUCCUGAUCGAUCGAGCUCCAGCCCGCUGCUUGCGGACGUUCGAACAUUAGCAUGUUUGUUUGUUCUAUGGAAGUUGUUGCUUCUCUGUAUCGCUUAUGCCAGCCCCGGACCCGGCUACGAUACCUCUACCACGUUGCUCUUCGCCCGUGCGCAGUCCGCGCUGUCCGAAAAUACCCUUCUGGAAGACUUUGCGAAACGACUCGCGUCGAAGCUUGUCCGCUGGGAUGCCCUGUAUUUUGUGAGUGUUGCUCACCGAGGCCGUCUUUUCGAACAAGAAUGGGCUUGGGGCUGGGGCUAUACAAAUUUACUCGGUCUGAUUUCUAAAGUCCUUCCUCGUGCUUCUUCGCUAUCACCAUUGUAUGUUCAAGCGUUUGCAGGAGUGUUGAUUUCUCAUGUCUCCCACCUGUUGUCUGUCUUCAUGCUGUAUGGCUUGGUUCAUCACCUUCCUAUCAUGAACAUACCUGAACGUCGUAAGGUUGCUUUCAUUGCAGCAUCACUGCAUAUCUUCUCUUCUGCUGGCCUGUUCCUUUCCGCGCCCUAUGCCGAGAGUCUCUUCUCGAUGCUGAAUUUCCUUGGUAUCUUGCUACAUGUUGGCAUCUCAUAUGGAAUGCCUCUCGAAAAGUAUGGACCGUCCGCUCUGAUCAGGUUGUUGCUCUCAGGUGUCUGCUUCGGACUGGCCACCACAUGCCGUAGCAAUGGUGUCUUUAGUGGGCUCAUCUACUUUCACCAUCUCUACAUGUUGUUCCACUCCAAGAUCAACGUCCGUACGAUCGUGACUGUUGCAGUCAUUGGCUUGUCUGCUAUUAUGAUCUUAGCGGGUAUGCUUCUGCCACAGUACUUGGCAUAUCAAGACUUUUGUGUGUUUUCUCCAGCCGACGAACUCAGACCAUGGUGCUCUCGAAGCUUGCCUAGUGUCUAUUCCUGGGUGCAGGAACACUAUUGGAACGUAGGGUUCCUCCGCUACUGGACCGUCUCCAAUAUCCCCUUGUUCUUGCUUGCAGCCCCAAUGCUGUGCGCUCUGAUCGGUACAGGGCUUGCCGCUCCUGAUCUCAAGAUUGACGUUCCUGGAAAGCGCUCCAAGCAGGCAUCAGUUUAUCUCUUGUGUCUUGCUGCCCCACAGAUACUAUUGGCACUGCUAGCCCUUACGACCUUCCACGUUCAGAUUGUCAAUCGCAUCGCUACUGGCUACCCGAUCUGGUAUAUCGUAAUUGCCGCGGGUAUUUCUUUUGUUAGACACGUACAAGAUCACUUGGGCAGGCCAUCAUCGCAACAACUCAUCUUUCGAGGAAUGUUCAUGUAUUCGAUUAUCCAGGGUGGGCUAUACGCUAGCUUCAUGCCUCCAGCAUGA